GUCCGAGUGAACGCCGAAACUAGCCGAACUAGUACAAGACUGAAGAAAUCAAGAAACUAAAAAUCUGUCGUUCACCUUAGUGAUGUAAAUUUCGAAAAUUCAACAAAAUGAUAAUGUAAAAGCUUAAUAAGACAAUCUUGUUUUGAUUUUAAUUGUAUCUUAGUGAUAUUGUUUUGACUGUAACACCCAUAACUCUGUAUUUCGUCGACAAAGUGAGAGAGUUCAGUGCGAGUGCAAGGGUGGUAACGAGAAAUGUGAAGUAUCUAUGAAGUUCAGGAUUCUAAAGCCUUUUAUUUUAUACCUAUAAUAAUGAGCGGACGCCCUAGGACCACGUCAUUCGCCGAGGGCAGCAAAUCCGUUCGAAAGACAUUCGAUAAUCAGCCACCAAAACCACUAGGAGGGGUAAAAAUCAGCAGCGACGUGGAAACUCCUAAAAAGGCCGAGCUGCCUACGGAAAAGAAGGGCGCUGCGUCGCGCAAGGACGGCUCAAAGGUGACGACUGUGGUGGCGACGCCGGGGCAAGGCCCCGACCGGCCGCAGGAAGUGAGCUAUGCCGACAUGAAGCUCAUCGGUAACGGCAGCUUCGGCGUCGUCUACCAGGCCAAACUAUGUGACACCGGCGAGCUCAUUGCCAUCAAAAAAGUGCUCCAGGACAAAAGGUUUAAGAAUCGAGAACUUCAAAUUAUGCGACGGCUGGAGCACUGUAAUAUUGUCAAAUUGAAAUACUUCUUUUACUCUAGUGGAGAAAAGGCGGCAGUGCCCGCAGCAGUCAGUACGUUGUUAAGCGCAAUGCAGUCUAUUGAAGUCACAAAGGACGAAGUGUACCUGAACCUGGUGCUGGAGUAUAUCCCCGAAACUGUUUAUAAAGUGGCACGUCAUUACUCCAAAGAUGAACAAACCAUACCCAUUAGUUUUAUAAAGCUCUACAUGUACCAGUUGUUCAGAAGUCUGGCGUACAUCCACUCGCUGGGCAUCUGCCACCGGGACAUCAAGCCACAAAACUUACUCCUGGACCCCAAGACGGGGGUCCUCAAGCUGUGCGACUUCGGCUCCGCGAAGCACCUCGUGCGCGGCGAGCCUAACGUCUCAUAUAUCUGCUCGCGUUACUACCGCGCGCCGGAACUUAUUUUCGGCGCUAUAGAUUAUACCACUAAAAUCGAUGUGUGGAGCGCGGGUUGCGUAGUGGCAGAGCUGUUGCUCGGCCAACCCAUCUUCCCUGGGGACUCCGGUGUAGACCAACUCGUGGAAAUCAUCAAGGUCUUAGGCACUCCCACGCGGGAACAGAUCAGAGAAAUGAACCCAAACUACACAGAAUUCAAAUUCCCUCAGAUCAAGAGUCAUCCAUGGGCGAAGGUGUUCCGGGCGUGCACGCCGCCGGACGCCAUCUCGCUGGUGUCGCGGCUGCUGGAGUACACGCCGGGCGCGCGGCUGUCGCCGCUGCAGGCGUGCGCGCACAGCUUCUUCGACGAGCUGCGCGAGCCGGCCGCGCGCCUGCCCAACGGCCGCGCGCUGCCGCCGCUCUUCAACUUCACCGAGUACGAGCUCAACAUCCAGCCGAGCCUCAACGACUUCCUCAAGCCGCGCGCCUCGCCGCCGCAGGCCGACGCGGCCUCCGCCAGCCACCAGGCCGCCGGCGUGUUAGACCAGGACCCGCCCGGCGAGAACGCGGCAGCGAGCGGGCCGAGCGGCGGGUCGCCGGGCGCGUCGUAG